GACCAAAACAUUACCUCGCAGGCGCAUAAGGAAGUGACCUUAGCGGCUAACUUUAGUAAACGAGAUUUCAUCUAAGACCUCACCAUAAUACGUCCUUGCCAACGACCCUGUUUGAUAAAAGGCAUGCCACAGAAAGAUCCGUGUCAAAAACAAGCAUGUGCAAUUCAAAAGUGUUUACAAGCUAACAAAUACGUGGAGAGCAUGUGUGAGGACGUGAUCAGGGAGAUGCGGCGGUGCUGUGAGACGCAGGCAGGAAACUCCAUCUGCUGCUCCGGGUUCAAGGACUCAAAACCCACUGAGAGCAAAAGUAACACAUAGCUCCCUGUGGGAGUAAUGGUAGAAACACUGUCGGUGUUUUAUUGACUGUGUAGUGGACUGAGUUUAUUACAUCAUUUGGAAGAAUAUCCGCACAAACGCCAUAAACUAGGCGUUAAUCUAUCUUUAUUAAUAUAUAUAUAUAUAUAUUUUUUUUUUUUGACAUGUCAUGCGUACUUGUUAUUAAUUACACCAGUGUUUGACAGGUCAAAAUGUCACCCCUCUCUGGCACAGUCACAACAUAAAGCUGAACAUUAUAAUGUAAGCUGUCAAAUGUAGUAUUUAUUAAAGGGAUGUUGAGACAGAUGUUUGUGCAUGUCAGCACUGAGCUACUGCAUUCAUAUUGCAGAUGUGACUUGUUAAAGGCCCUGCACACUCAUGAUAAACCUACACAGGUGGUUAUUUUUGGCUGGUUAGACCCAUAUUCUGUUUAUACUCAGGACUGUGUGAGUGUAGCCUACAGACUGUGCUUGAUGUGCUUGAGUUAAUAAAUUAAUUUAGUAAUACAUGGGAUUUGUGAUUUAAGAUAAUAAGCCAUUUCAGCUUUUGUUUGCAGACCUCAAACAUACAUAUUACAUAAAACUGUUGUUGCACAGAGCUUAUCAAGACAGGAAAUUGAGAAAAUGCAAUAACUAAAAAAACUCAAGUAACACCGCAAUUACUUCAGUACCGUGGAUCUUCACAUCAUCAUGUGCAUGAAGCAUGAUUCUUGGCAUUGAGCCUGUUUUGUCUUACUGAAUUUGUUGUCAUUAGAUAAACUGGUACAUCUGU